AUGCCCCCUCCUGAGAAGACACAGCCUGACCCUGUCAUGCCCCCUCCUGAGAAGACACAGCCUGACCCUGUCAUGCCCCCUCCUGAGAAGACACAGCCUGACCCUGUCAUGCCCCCUCCUGAGAAGACACAGCCUGACCCUGUCAUGCCCCCUCCUGAGAAGACACAGCCUGACCCUGUCAUGCCCCCUCCUGAGAAGACACAGCCUGACCCUGUCAUGCCCCCUCCUGAGAAGACACAGCCUGACCCUGUCAUGCCCCCUCCUGAGAAGACACAGCCUGACCCAGUCAUGCCCCCUGAAGAGAUCGAGCAGCCUUCUACAAGACGUCCCUCAGCCUUCACAUCGCGGUGCUCUCACCUCCCUUUCCACCCACCUGCCAUCUGUGCCUCCAGACACGACACACAUCCCCCCCUUCGCUCUCGACGCACCGCUUCCUUCUCUCCCCUUCCCCCUCUCCCCUUCCCUCUCCCCCCUCCCUCUCUCCCCUUCCCUCUCUCCCUCCCCCCUCCCUCUCUCCCCUUCCCUCUCUCCUCCUCCCGCCCGCAGCUGUUCUCAGGUCAGCCCAUCCACGCCAUGAGCAGCUCGCUCCUCUCCCACCCCUCUACCCACCCAUUCCCCUCCCCAGCUGCCGCACACGCUGAC